AUGCCGCCUUCCGCGGCGAGUGACGAUGGCCCCGAAAGGAGGAGCCGCAGUCGGUCUCGCAGUGUGGAAGAUCGCCGUGUAGAAGUAGCGGGGGAUUGUGCGGAGGGGGGCUCCGACUCCGCAGCUGUUGUUGCGGCAGCUGCAGCUGCUGCUGCACGUGCUGCAGCGGCGCGAAAGGCAGCAGGAGAUGAUAAGAACUCUACGCUAACACGGCUUAUGCCAGCAGCGAGCAAGAUCAGGACGACUUACGCCCCUGUCGUCUCUGUACAGGACGCUGCUGCUGUUGCAGCAGCUGCUGCAGAUGCCCGCACCAAGUUAGCACAAAGUCUUAAUGCGAUGUUUCAGCCUCCUCCACCCUCUUCGCCGCCGCCUGCUGCCGAGGGAGGGGGGAAUGGCGGCGCUCCGCCUCCGCCAUCGGGGGCGCCACCAACCGCGCAUCCGGCGGCACCAUCGGCUCGUGCAGUUACGCACUCUGAGUCAGAUCGAAUUGCACGCCGGCUUUUCAUCAGCAACAUCCCUCCAGGCACAACUGAGGCAGAUAUCUGUGGUUUCUUCAAUGGCGCGUUACUUGCGGUAAAUGCUCAGACGGGCUACACCGACUUGUCUCUUGCUAGUGACAAGCCGCAGUUGCUGCCAGUAGAAAGGUGUGAAGGCCUCCAAGAAAAUAGCCGUCAUUGUUUCCUGGAUCUGAGGUCUCAUGAGUGGGUUGUUCUGUGCCUCAAACUAGACGGUAUUACUUUCAACAACAACUCCCUCAAAGUGAUGAGACCGAAGGAAUACGUGCAGCCUCCAGGGGGCGACCCCGCGAAGACUGUCCACAUACCAGAGUUAGAGAGAGGGACAAAACCACAGCAGAACGAGGUCCGCGCCACAGCGCCACCGAGGAGUGCAGAUUGCAAGCUAUACAUCCAGAAUUUGCCACCGGAGAUGGGAGAGGAUCAAGUACGUGACUUGCUUGAGCAGUUCGGGAAACUACGAGUUCUCAACUUGAUUAAGAACAGGCAAACUGGGAAGCAUCGUGGCUACGGCUUUUUCGAGUAUGAAGACCCAGAAGUUACGGAUCAGGCCAUAGAUGCUUUAAAUGGGUUCGUAUGUGGCGCAAGCGUGCUAAGCGUCCAGCGGUCCAACUUCAUGCCUGAUCUGCUUCCGACUAAACAGCAUACAACAGAGGUCACUGCUUUGCCGUCAUCAACUUCCUACGCUGUUUUGUCUGAUCCUGUCGUAGCUAUUCAGGUUCGAGCUGGACGAACGAUUGGUGAAAAGCCUUCUCGUGUUGUACAACUUCUGAAUACAAUUUAUCCUGAAGAUAUAAUGACAGACUCAAGCCACGAGGCAGCAGUCAAAGAUAUUCGCUCAGAAGCAGAAAAGUAUGGGCCUCUUGAAGAGGUCCUUAUUCCAAGACCUAACGAAGACCUGUCCUACAAGCCAGGUGUAGGGAAGGUCUUCUUGGUGUACGGGGACGUCACAUCGGCACGCAGGGCACAGUACAUGUUGAACGGUCGCCGUUUUGAUCAGACUCGUGUAGUGUGUGCGGCGUUCUUCCCUGAGCAAAAGUUCAAGGACGGCCAGUACACUCUGACAUGA